AUGGAGAAGGUCCAACUCGCCCUCGAGCGGCUCAUUCCCGAGCUGCGCGACCUCGAGGACAAGGGCAUCUUCAACAAGGAUGAGAUUCACGACAUCGUGGCCAAGCGAAGGGCGUUCGAGAUGGGGCUGGCGCAGGGCAGGGGCACAAAGCCGGCAGACUACCUCCGCUACAUCGAGUACGAGCGCAGGCUCGAAAAGCUGAGAAAGGCGCGUGCUGCACGGUUGCAAACCGAGUCGAAGAAGUCGCUCUCCGACCACUCCAUCCCAGCACACAUCACGCAGCUCCACCGUCUCUCUGUCCGGCGCUUCCCCGAAUCUCUAACGCUCUGGGACGCCUUCAUCGCGCACGCCCUCUCACAGUCCUCGCCCAACCUCGUCUCGCGCACGCUCUCAUCCGCAAUCGCCAUGCACCCGACGCACACGCCGUACUGGAUCAUGGCUUCGCAGUGGGAGAGCGAGGGAGACCGAAAAGGCAUGGGCGGUGGAAACGCAGAAGCGGCGCGGAGGCUCUGUAUGCGCGCAUUGCGGUUCUUGAAGGGCAAGAAGGGGGAGAAGGAAGGGAUGGAGGGGCCGGAGGAGGCGAUUUGGCGCGAGUGGAUCCGCGUUGAGGUAUCGUUUGUGGAGAAGCUGAGGGGAAGGUGGCAGGUUCUCGGCCUCGGCAAGGGAAAGGGCGGAAAGGAGAUCAUUCGUGUCAAGGGUGCGAAUGGCGAGGCGGACGAGGGCGACGAGGAAGAGGAGGAGAUCCAGCUUCCGACGACUGAGGAGGGCGAUGAUCAAGAUGCGCAGCUCGCGGAGGAGAUGACGGAGCAGGCCAAGUCGGGCCAGGAGGCGCUCCUCGACGGCGCCAUCGUCCGUCUCGUCAUUGACAACUUGCUCAAGUCCUACGAGCACUCAAUCUUCGCUUACAACCUCCUCCUCUCGAUCCUCCGCCCUCUCGCCUCCCCUCUCCGCCUGUCGCUCCUCCAACACGUCUACACCUCCCUCUCCACCCACAUCGCCCCCUCCUCUCUCUCCUACCCCUCCGCCCUGCACAUCCUCGCAACCCGAAAACUCUACGACGUCCCCUUCGUCCCGCCCAAACAAUCCAAGAAGCGCAAGGCGGACGAGACGCAAGUUGCGGGACCUGAAGACCCGAGGUCAAUCAAGGUCGAGGGGGAGAUGUUGGUGGAUGCGGUGGGGGCGGCGUGUGAGGAGUAUUGGAGGGUUUUGAAGAGCAGGGGCAAGAAGGGGAAGGGGAAGGAGAAAGACGCGGGUCAGGCGCAGCUGUUGUGGGAGCAGUUCUGUGGGUGGCUGGAGGAGAUGGCGGAUGAAACGGAGGACGAAGACCUGCUCGCUUUCCUUUCCGCCAACCUCGCUUCGGCUCUCGCCGCAGCUCCUCCUUCCCCAUUCCUGUCCCUCGUCCACCUCCGACACCUCCUGCGAACCGAAGCACCAGCGUCCGAUGUCCUGUCGCACGCGAAGAAGGCGACCAAGGCCUUCGGUUCGGACGCGACGCCGCCCGCACAGCGGGAGCAAGUCUGGGUUGCGCGAAUCGAGACGUCCGAGUCGCUUUCGACCUCGGCGAAGGACGUAGCAUCGCUGUUGACACAGGCGACCCGUGCUCUGCCUUUCAGCUCGAAGCUGUGGGACCUCUUUGCCGACUUCACGGAGCGAACGGCGGAGUCGACCGCCGCUGUCGAGAAGUGGUACGAGUCGUCGAUCCGACGAGUACUCCUCACCGACGCCGUCCCUCCCGCCUCGUUCGAAUCGACCUUCACCGAACAUGCCGCCCUUCCGCCUCGCGAACUCCUUCCCCGCCGCUACGUGCACUACCUCACCACCACCGCGCCCGCCUCUUUCCAGCCCAAACUCCUCUCGCUCCUCUCUUCCGCCCCUUCCCUCUCGCUCUCCUUCCUCUCUUCCGUCCUCGACCCAUCCGGUCCAGCACUCUCCUCCGACCGUCCCUUCCGGCAACAGAUCUUCGAGCGAAUCGUCUCUCACCCCGAAGCAGGGCCCGAAGAAUGGCUCUCGUACGCCGAGGAACUCGUCCGCACCGGACAGGUCGUCAAGAGCCAGGAAGUCUUGAGGCGGGCAAAGGGCGAUGUGAAGCUCAAGAGGGGAGAGGGAGAGUUGAGGAGGUUUGAGAUGAUGUGGGAUGGGGUUUGCAGGAGGUUUGAGCAGUAG